CGGCUCCUCCUACUCCGGGUCACGCCGUGACAGGGGCGGAAGCGGCGGCGGCGGCGGCGGCGGCGGCUGAGCUGGAGCUGCCGCUCGAGGCGCGGAUCCUGCCGUCCUGUGCGCGCGGCGCGCGGCACCAGAGAAGCGCGCGCAGUCCGAGGCGGCGCGCACGGUCUAGCCGGCGCUUCCAGCGGUGCCUUCUCCCCGAGACUUCUUGCACCUUUCCAGCUCAAAGAUUAGUUGAUACAAUGGCAACCUCGAGAGGAAGAACAAAGAAAAAGGCAUCUUUUGACCAGUCUUCUGACAGCCUUCCUUUGAGGAGCUCCGGUAGGCAGGCAAAGAAAAAAGCCAUAGAGACACCAGAUGAGGAUGAAGAUGGUGGCUCAGAGAAGAAGUACAGGAAAUGUGAAAAGGCUGGCUGUACCGCCACGUGUCCUGUGUGCUUUGCAAGUGCUUCUGAAAGAUGUGCCAAAAAUGGCUACACCUCCCGAUGGUAUCAUCUCUCCUGUGGGGAGCAUUUCUGUAAUGAAUGCUUUGACCAUUAUUACAGAAGCCAUAAGGAUGGAUAUGAAAAAUACACUACAUGGAAAAAAAUAUGGACUAGCAAUGGCAAAACUGAACCUAGUCCCAAAGCCUUCAUGGCCGACCAGCAACUCCCCUACUGGGUUCAGUGCACAAAACCUGAGUGUAGAAAAUGGAGGCAGCUUACGAAGGAAAUCCAGCUCACUCCACAUAUAGCAAAGACUUACCGAUGUGGUAUGAAGCCAAAUACUACUGUGAAGACCGAGACCUCAGACCAUUGUACCCUCCCGGAGGAUCUAGAAGCUCUUACUCCUCAGAAGUGUAUUCCUCACAUCAUUGUCCGGGGCCUUGUGCGCAUUCGGUGUGUUCAGGAAGUGGAGAGGAUACUUUAUUUUAUGACAAGAAAAGGUCUGAUCAACACAGGAGUUUUGAACGUCAGCGCUGACCAGUAUCUUCUUCCUAAAGAUUACCACAAUAAAUCCGUCGUCAUUGUUGGAGCUGGUCCAUCAGGUUUAGCAGCUGCGAGGCAACUGCACAACUUUGGAAUUAAGGUGACUGUCUUAGAAGCCAAAGACAGAAUUGGUGGCCGAGUAUGGGAUGACAAAUCUUUUAAAGGCAUAGCAGUUGGAAGAGGAGCUCAGAUCGUCAAUGGCUGCGUUAACAACCCAAUAGCACUAAUGUGUGAGCAAGUAUCUGCCCGUUCCUGGGACCACAAUGAAUUCUUUGCACAGUUUGCUGGUGACCACACUCUGCUGUCCCCAGGCUACUCUACAAUCAUUGAAAAAUUGGCUGAAGGACUAGACAUCCAGCUCAAAUCUCCAGUGCAGAGUAUUGAUUAUUCAGGAGAAGAAGUGCAAGUUACUACUACAGACGGUGCAGUGCUUGCGGCACAAAAGGUAUUAGUCACGGUACCACUAGCCUUACUCCAGAAAGGUGCCAUCCAGUUUAAUCCACCAUUGUCGGAAAAGAAGAUGAAGGCCAUCAACAGUUUAGGUGCAGGAAUCAUCGAAAAGAUUGCCUUGCAAUUUCCUUACAGAUUUUGGGACAAUAAAGUUCAAGGGGCUGACUUUUUUGGUCAUGUUCCUCCUAGUGCCAGCAAACGAGGGCUUUUUGCUGUGUUCUAUGACAUGGAUCCCCAGAAGACGCAGAGCGUGCUGAUGUCGGUGAUCGCUGGCGAGGCGGUAGCGUCUGUGAAAAGCCUGGAGGACAAGCAGAUCGUACAGCAGUGCAUGUCUACCCUCCGGGAGCUGUUCAAGGAGCAGGAAGUCCCAGAUCCCACGAAGUAUUUUGUGACCCGGUGGAGCGCAGACCCGUGGAUCCAGAUGGCAUACAGCUUUGUGAAGACGGGUGGCAGUGGUGAAGCCUACGACAUCAUCGCAGAAGAGAUACAAGGGACCAUCUUUUUUGCUGGCGAGGCAACAAAUAGACAUUUUCCACAGACUGUUACAGGAGCGUAUCUCAGUGGCGUCCGAGAAGCAAGCAAGAUUGCAGCAUUUUGA